GUUUAUGUGGAUCUUCGUGGCAAUGUCCGCGCACGCUUCCCGCUGCUCGGUCUUCAGCAAGUCCAAAACAAACGGGCAACCAUGGCCAAACGUACAAGGAAGGCUGGCAUCGUCGGCAAGUACGGCACCCGAUAUGGUGCUUCCCUCCGUAAGAUGGUGAAGAAGAUCGAAAUCACGCAGCACAUGAGGCACCUGUGUUCCUUCUGCGGCAAGGAGGCCAUGAGACGCCAGGCUGUCGGCAUUUGGUCUUGCAAGCCCUGCCGCCGCACUGUCGCUGGAGGAGCCUACACUUACACCACAGUCGCUGCUGCAAACGUGCGCUCCUUCAUCAGGAGGAACAAGGAUAUCAAGGAGAGGGAAGGUUAAAUAAAAUGGCCAAACUGUA